AUGCGAUCCAUGACCCUGGCGCACCCAAAGUUGGCUGAGAAGCUGACCAUCCUCAAUGAUCGGGGCAUUGGCAUGCUGACGCGCAUCUACAACAUCAAAAAGACAUGCAGCGACCCAAAGUUGAAGCCGCCCUUUCUGCUGGACAAGCAGAUGGAGUCCAUCAUCAAGCACGCGGUGCGAAAGUUUCCCAACAUCUCAGACUACAAAACCAAUUCGCAAUUCGGCAUAUUGACGAGUAUGAAGGACAACAUUCUCAAGUCUCUGGCACUGUACUACCACACAUUUGUCGAUUUGCUUGAGUUCAAGGACCACGUUUGCGAGCUGCUGACCACCAUGGAUGCGUGCCAGCUGACGUUGGACAUUAGAUUCAACUUUGAUCUGACAAAAGCCUAUCUGGACCUAGUGGUCACCUAUGUGUCGUUGAUGAUUCUGCUGUCUCGAGUUGAGGACCGUAAAGCAGUUUUGGGAUUGUACAACAUUGCCUUUGACAUGACGCACGGCCACAGUGACACUAGCUUUCCUCGACUGGGGCAGAUGAUCAUCGACUACGAUCAACCGCUGAAGAAGCUGUCAGAGGAGUUUGUCCCUCACUCCAAGCUUCUCCACCAGGCGCUGUUUUCACUUCGUGACAUUUUUCCCAAUCGAAAUGUGACCGCCCAGAAGUGGCGCAACGACCAGCUCUUCAGUCUGAUUGCCAGCCCUGAAACGAUGCUCAAUCCGGUGCAAACGGAAACCACACAGUGCUUCUACAUGUCAAUCGACGCAAUGGAGCGCUACAUUAUCUUCGGUUUUUUACUGAUUCACCAGUUUUUAAACCAGCAAGACACGCAUCAACUCUUUACCAGCGCACUGAAGUGUGGCUGGGUUACCACACUGUUUCGCGAUGAGAUCCUCCACACUCACCAGUUUGUUCAGCAGUACUUUGAAACGCACAAAGGGUACAACAAGAGAAUAUCCGAAGUGAAGGAUGCAUAUAAUUUUGUUCUUCAGAAGAGUGCUCACAUUCAUCGGGAGCGUCGUAAGUACCUGCGAACCGCCCUGAAGGAGCUGGCUCUUCUCUUUUCCGACCAGCCUGGGCUGCUCGGCCCGAAGGCGCUGUUUGUCUUUAUGGCGCUGUCCUAUGCCCGCGACGAAGUGCACUGGCUGCUGCGCCACGCCGAAAAUCAGCCCUCUCGGCAGUCGGGCAAGGCGAAGGUGAGCACGGAGGACCUGAUCGACCGCCAGCUGCCCGAGCUGCUCUUCUACAUUGAAGAGCUGCGCGGCCUGGUGCGCAAGUACAGCCAGGUGCUGCAGCGGUACCACAUUCAGUACCUGUACAGCUACGACGCCGACCUGCUGAAUCAGAUCUCGGAGAACACCUCUGACCUGCCGGAGGAGGACUCGGCCAUACUGAACAGCGUCUACGAGACGGUGUCCAACCUAAGGGAGAGCCAAAUCGACUCUGAGCUGUUCGACUUUCGGGCGCUGCGGCUGGACUGGUUCCGCCUGCAGGCGUACACCAGCGUCCAGCGGUAUCCCUUUCAGCUGGUGUCCGACCACGUCAACCUGGCCACCUGCAUGAACACCAUCGUCUACCACACGAAGAUGGUCGACUACCUCGAUCAGAUGCUCAACGAGACGAGCGACCUCUCCAUCUUCUGCUUCUGCCACCGCGCCUUUGAGGAGCAGUUUCGCAUGUGUCUGGAGUUUCCCGCACAGACGCGCUACAUCAUCGCCUUUCCGCUCAUCUGCGGCCACUUUCUCAACUGCGUCCACGAGCUCUGUCCGGAGGAGCGCUAUGCGAUUGGCGACCGGUCGAUCAACCUGGUCAACCUCUACCUCGAUGAGAUGUCCAAGGAGGCGAAAAACAUCAUCACGACGAUCUGCGAUGAGCACUGCCUCAUGAGCGACAUGUUGAUGCCUAAACACGCCAAAAUGUUUACCGAACAGCGGAAGCUGAAGCAGAAGGGCGGCCGGGGGCAGUACGGCAGUAUGCGCCCCGGGACGGAGAGCUAUCGGCGCAGUCGCGAGGAGCUGACCACCAUGGACAAGCUGCACAUGGCGCUGACGGAGCUGUGCUUCGCCAUCAACCACUCGCCGACGAUUCACGUCUGGGACCACACCUUCUCGCCAAGGGAGUACCUGACGCAGAACCUGGAGAACCGCUUCAACAAGUCGCUGAUGAACAUGACCAUGAACAAUGACGCCACCAGGGACAUUGCCAAGCCGUCGGAGCUGCUGGUCAGCGUUCGCUCCUACAUGAAUGUCCUUCAAAGUAUUGAGAGUCAUGUUCACAUUGACAUGACCCGCGUGUUCAACAAUGUUCUGCUGCAGCAGACACAGGCUCAGGAUUCGCAUGGCGAGAAGACCAUUGCCUACCUCUACACGAACUGGUACCUCGAGGUACUGCUGCGCAAAGUCUCCUCAGGGCAUAUCGUCUACUCGCCCCGGCAGAAGACUUUUGUCUCGCUGAUCAUUGAUCCACAGAUGCCAUUUUCGGCGGAAGAGUUUUCAGACAUUAAUGAAUUGCGUGCUUUAGUUGAGCUGAUUGGCCCUUAUGGUAUUGAUCAUCUUGUUGAGAAGAUCAUGUGGCACAUUGCCAGUCAGAUUACGGAGCUGAAGCGAAUUGUCAUUACGAACGCUGACACUCUGAAGGAGAUGCGCUCCCGGUACGACCACCCGGAGACGAUGAAAGAGCUGUUCAAGAAGCUGAGCGGCGUCGACUGCGUCCUCCAGCGGAUGACCAUCAUCGGCGAGAUGAUGUGCUUCCGCUCGCUGAUUCAGGAGGCACUGCACGACGUCCUCGAGGAGCGCAUUCCCUUCCUCCUCGGCUCGGUGAAGGACUUUCACCACUCGGCGAACAGCUCGAUGAUCGAGUCGAUGCAGAUGGACGCCAACGGGCUGAAGGUGGUGGACGACAUGGCGGCGGCCGCCGGCAUCGAGUGCCGCGUCGACCCGGCCAUGGUGAACGCCCUCAAGUCGCACAACAAGAGCGACAUGAGCGCCGAGGAGAAGUACGAGUACUCCUGUCUGAUGAUGGUCUUCAUCGCCGUGUCGCUGCCCAAGCUGGCCCGCCUCGAGACGAGCACCUACCGGCCGGAGUUUGAGGCGCACUCCAACAACAUCCACUGCCUGGCGAAGGCCAUCAACGGCGUGGCCGGGGCGCUUUUCACGCAGACGGAGACGAAUGACAUUGAGGAGCGCCUGAAGGAGUUUCUCGCCCUGGCCUCCUCCUCGCUGCUGCGCCUCGGCCAGGAGACGGGCGACAAGGAGGCGAUUCGCAAUCGCGAGUCGGUGUACAUUCUCCUCGACCUCAUCGUCCAGGAGUCGCCCUUUCUCACCAUGGACCUGCUCGAGUCCUGCUUUCCCUAUGCGCUCAUUCGAAAUGCCUACCACGACGUCUACAAGUCGAUCUCAGUUGGUCAUUAG